ACAGAUUUAGUAUACUAUGUAUAUUCUAUGGACAAUUAAUGAGCACAGCAUGGUCAAUAACGUAUCAAGCGGUAAACAUACAACUAUGUAUAUGUUAUGGACAAUUAAUGAGCACAGCAUGGUCAAUAACGUAUCAGGUAGUAAACGUACACAGAUUUUCUAUACUAUGUAUUUGCUAUGGACAAUUAAUGAGCACAGCAUGGUCAAUAACGCAUCAGGUAGUAAACGUAUACAGAUUUAGUAUACUAUGUAUAUGCUAUGGACAAUUAAGGAGCACAGCAUGGGCCAAUAGCGUAUUAAGUAGUAAACGUAAACAUUAACUAUAUUAUAACUAUACCAUGGACAAUGGGUCACUUAGUACCUACGCAAUGUAAGUCAACCGCUCAGGACAGCGUCUUCUCUUAAGAUCCACGUGUGUUUAUAUGUUUAUACUCCGAUACUCUUUCUACUCAAUCACCAACAGCGAAUCGUGGAAGAACGCGUUAAAGUCCCAAAACAAAGCGGACAAAUUCCCUUCGCGAGCGUUUGCGGACUCCUUCUAUCACUAUCUGUUUAUCACCGAUCCUUCUGUGAAGGUCCUCUUCGCUGGAGGGCUGUUUGUACAAAGCAAAAAGCUGGCCAACAUGCUGAACAUGCUCGUGAACGAAAUACCCAAGAUAGAGAGGGGCCACAUGUCGCCCGAAUUCGAGCGCAAUAUGGAGUCGCUCGUCACGGUGCAUCACACCCUGGCUAUAGGACGAGACCGCUUCAUAUCUGGUGGAAGGUCCCUUAUCCACGCCAUCGUCAACCGCCUGGCCACUUGUGAAUGCACCUUUGCGUAUUUGGAUUCGCGCAACGAGACGCACCUCGAGAAGUUAUGUUCAAGUGAGUGUAUCAGCGACCGCAGUGCCUCGUCAUCGAGUCUGGCCCCGGUCAAGCCAAAGACGAUAAAAGAAUCAAUUUUUACCGUGCCACCGGUAACUACAGGUAAGAAAAACAUACCCACUCUCAUGGAGCAAAGAGCCAACCGCCACGAAGAAGAAGUGAAGUCCAUGUGUGUAUCCAACGAGGUGCGCCGUGCGUGGAUGCUCGCGUACUGCUCUCUGGCCGACAUGAUUAUGAACGGUACACACAGGAGCUUUGAGAAGCGAGAGCAGGGGACGGCGAGUCUGUUCAAGGACAUCUCACCCAGUUUGUAUGCGAUCAGUCUGCCGAUGAAUAAAGGGCCGCGGUUGGCCAGGCGGCACUCGGGGAGUGCCGAGAUACUGAAUGAGAAAACUAAGUAGGUAGACUGGAAGAUAAUAGGCCUGUGGAGUAGGAUAGAAUAGGGCUGGGUUUGUUCAAGGACAUCUCACGCAGUUUGUAUUCGACCAGCCAGCAGAUGAAUCAAGAUCUGCGGUUGACCAGACGAAUCUUUGCGAGCGAGAUGCUGAAUGAGAUGGCUAGCUAGGUAGGUAGCUAGCUUGGCCUAAUUGAUUGGCAACGAUAGAAUAUAAUGCAAAUUGUACAUCAACUAUGGCGGUGGAACGAACUGUCCGAGUGGACUUCAACAAUGAAUAGCCCCCGACGCGCUUGGAUACCCAGCAAGACACAUAAUAUAGUACUUGAACGACUGUGCGAAAAGUGCUUGGACAUCCAGCAAGACACAAAAUAUAGUACUUGGAUGACUGUACGAAUACGACUCAUGCGGUGUACGCUACACAAGAUGUGCGCCAAUUCGAGAAAAUAUAGAACAAUAUGAAUUAGGACUGAACUCCCAAUAAAUAAUUAGAACGAA